CUUGGAGAGAAAAUCGCUCUUCAUUGAAAAAGCAUCUGCAGAUAUUGAACAUGCACAACAGAAUACCUAUGCAUUGAACAUGUUUAAGACCACUCAUUUUGGUAAUGCAUCGCUUGAUUGGAUCGAUUCCUUCCAAUCGAAGAGCAGUCUUCGUAAUAUUUCAUCUCGAAAUUUCAUCUCGAAAUUUCAUCGAUAUAUAUGUUAUGUAGGCCAUCUAUGUAUACCUACCUUACUGAUGAUAUAAAAGGCCAAAGUCCAGUUCCUAAAAGACAAAAGAGAACGCCAUAAAUUCCCAAAGACCAAACAUAACGUUGCUAACCCAGUCCCU